AUGCCUGAACCUAAAGAAGCAAGCACCAACGAGAUCAAUAACUAUUUGUGUCCUCUUGUUGAUGAACUUAUGCUAUUGUAUAAAGAUAUCACAAUUGAUACAUAUAACUGCUCAGGUGCUCUGGUGCGUGCUGCUCUGUUGAUAGUUGCAUGCAACAUCCCUGCUGCAAGAAAGACGUGUGGGUUUACAUCUUAUAACAGCACAUAUGCAUGCUACAAAUGCAAUCGUCAGUUUGCUCAUAUUGAUGGGACUACUGCUGUAAACUAUUUUGGGCUUAAGUUUUCGGAAUGGGUAGGCUGCACAAAAGAAGAAAAUUGCAGACAUGCAAACCUGUGGAAGAAUGCAAAGACAUUGACAGAGAGAAAGCAAUUGGAGAUUGAGAAUGGUGUUCGUUGGUCUGAGCUUCAUCAACUUGUGUACUUUGAGCCAGUGUGUGCAGCCAUUAUUGAUCCCAUGUACAGCCUUUUUCUCGGGACUGCAAAACGAAUGAUGGAUAUUUGGAUUGCAAACAAUUUGCUUGAUGACAAAGAUUUUGUAGAGAUGCAGGAAGAGGCUAAUAGAAUGAUACUCCCUACAUGCCUGCGAGAUGAUCUGCUUGGCAAUUGGACCCAUUUUGUCGAUGUAUGCAGAGAAUUGACGAAGCCAAGUAUCACCAAAAAUGGAAUCAAAAAAGCUCACGAAAGUUUGGAGGAGUUCUAUGUUGGUUGUGAAGACUUUUAUAAACCAGAUGUAUUUGUGCAAAACAUGUAUCUCCAUCUCCACCUAAAAGAAACGAUUGAGGACUUUGGGCCAAUUUACAGAUUUUGGCUAUUUAGCUUUGAGCACUAUAAUGGUGUAUUGAAAGGGUUUGAGACAAACCAGAAGAGUGGGUUCGAGAAUACCUACAUGAAAAGGUUUCUUGAGAGUUCUUACAAUGGUGACUUUUGUCAAGCGCAUCUCAGAAAUGUUACUAGCCCUUUACUCCUCUCUCUUUUUCUCAAGCUGUCUGGCCGUAGAAUCUAUAAUCCUGCACUUUCGCCACAUCCUCUGAUACCGUCAUUCUUUCACUUGCCAACGUUCCUACAAUCUGCUGAAAAGCCUUCAAAGCAAACAUUUGGCAACAAACCUCUACCUCUUUCCGCUCUAUCAUUGUGUUUGAAGCCACCAACAACAAUGAGAAAAUCCGAGUAUGAUUGUCUGCUCGAUUUCUAUAAAAUUGAGUAUGACAAUGAUUCUCUUUGUAGUAUCAAGACAACAAUCAGAAAUUGUUGUGGAGACUCUGAGGAAAGAUAUGCUGGUCGUAUUAAGUACUUGUUCUUGCACGAUUUUACAUCAGACCUCAUGCACACCAACCUUUCACCUUGUCACAACCCCCAGCACAUAUUUGCCUUCGUUGAGUGGUACAAAAUUCCUUGCCAUCAACCUAGAAUCAAGCAGGGCAUCGAGUUGUAUGAGCCAGAAUUUCUGAAGUAUGACUACAACAUUCUGCCUGUCCACUGCAUCUUGUCACCAAUUGCAAUUGGAAGUCAUGUGUCUGGUAGUGGUGCGGCAAAAGUUGUUGUUAUUCCUCUGCCAAGAAAGCUGUACACUUAA